UUGGAACAAAAGUACAACAACUAUUACUGCGCCUAAUUAAUUCCUACACAAGUUGGUAGCACCUAAUGAAAUUUGUUUUGAUUUUAAUUUCUUCUUUCUGAUAGAAAUAAUUAGUAGCAUGGAGGUGUGUUCAAAUUUUUGAGGAAAGAGAAAAUAUGGAACAGAGGUCUCUUGAAAGAGUUGUUUCACAGAGGGCUCUGCAAAUAGGAAGCUCAUUUCCAUGCCAAAUUUGUGUGCUUGGCUUUCUAUCUGGUGUUUGUCUCACUUCUUUAUUUCUUGCUUCAUUUGGUGGCCUUUCACUUUUAUCUCCAAUUUCAACAUUCACUUCUUCUUCAACAACCUUAAUAAGUGGAGACUGCAAUGUUAAACAAAAGAAUAUAGAAAGCCGGUUCUUUUCCCACGAAAAGUUGGCACUGGGGGUACAUGAGAGGGUGUCAUUACUCUACUCAUCUUGGGGUAAUUUAGUGAAUCAAUCAGCAAAUGAAGGCAAAUCCAACUUACCAAAAGCACCUCACUUGGAGGACUGCAAGCUAAGUGCAGAAACAAAUGAACGACUUGAUACCCGACUUCAAAAUGAUAGCUUCCCUCCAUGGACUAUAUGGAAGGGACAGUUAGAUAACUUCCCGUGGACAGCUGAAGAUGAACAGCUUCGAUAUUAUAGACAUCAAACAGUAUCUGAAGGAGCUUAUCCUCCCUGGAUCAAGGGCUCAGAUGAAGAGAAUUACCCUUUAACAAGGAAGGUGCAACGUGACAUAUGGCUCCAUCAACAUCCUUUGAACUGCAGUGAUGGAAAUGUAAAGUUUCUGAUAGCUGACUGGGAGAGAAUACCCGGGUUCGGUAUUGGUGCACAGAUAGCUGGAAUGUGUGGUCUUCUUGCAAUAGCAAUCAAUGAGAAAAGGGUUCUUGUUACGAGCUAUUAUAACCGUGCUGACCACAAUGGUUGUAAAGGUUCAUCACGCUCCAGUUGGUCUUGCUACUUCUUUCCAGAAACAUCUCCUGAAUGCAGAGAUCGUGCUUUUGAGCUCAUGAAACAAAAAGAAGCAUGGGAAAAAGGGAUCAUAACGAUAAAAGAAAACUAUACGUCUAAAGAGAUAUGGUCUGGACGCACUCCCAGGUCAUGGGGAAAACCUUGGAGUUAUUUGCAGCCAACAACAGAUAUUAAUGGAAGUUUAAUUGCUUAUCAUCGCAAAAUGGAUAGGAGGUGGUGGCGUGCUCAGGCAGUGCGCUACCUAAUGCGGUUUCAGACUGAGUACACAUGUAACUUGCUAAACCAAGCACGGCAUGCAGCAUUUGGCUGGGAAGCAGCGAGAAUGGUUCUUGAAAGUCAAUUUAGAGAUUUUCCUGAGGGAGUAGACAAGGCGGCCAAACAUGACAUCGAAAGUUUUGUAUGGUCAAGUCAUAAACCUUGGAGUCCUAGGCCAAUGUUGAGCAUGCAUGUUCGAAUGGGCGACAAGGCAUGUGAGAUGAUAGUUGUUGGGUUCAAAGAAUACAUGCAUCUUGCUGAGCGCAUAACAAAGCACUUCCCUAAUCUUAAGAGCAUCUGGCUUUCGACAGAAAUGCAGGAAGUUGUAGAUCAAUCAAGACUGUACCCUCAUUGGACGUUUUACUACACAAAUGUGACACGCCAAACGGGUAACAUGACAAUGGCAACUUAUGAAGCCAGUCUUGGGAGGGAGACGAGCACGAAUUAUCCUCUUGUUAAUUUUUUGUUGGCAAGUGAAGCCGAUUUCUUCAUUGGAGCAUUGGGAUCGACGUGGUGUUUCCUCAUAGACGGUAUGAGGAAUACCGGAGGGAAAGUCAUGUCUGGAUACUUGAGCGUUAACAAGGAUCGAUUUUGGUAGCUAUACAAUGGAGCUUCUAACUCCAUCUAUGCAUAAGAAAAGUGCUAGCAGGGUGUUUGGAUGCUAAUCACAUCAGUUCUUACAUGUAAAUUGUUCAUUGUAAAGAAAGUAAAAUUAAAUUGGCAUAAUACAUAAAUAUGUCAUUUAACUUGGCUUCAGCUGACAUCUAUGCCCCAACUUUGGGCGUGCAUAACUAGACACUUAAAUUUGUAUAAAAAUUGUACAAGUUGGCACACAUGUCCUACGUGACAUAAUACACGUAGGACAUAAAAUUGUCAUGUAGGACGCCAUAUCGGACGAUUGUGUCUAUAUGUUCAAUUUUAUACGAGUUUAAGUGUUUAUUUGUGCAUAUUUGAAGUUAAAGAUCAUAGUUGUCAGCUGAAGUCAAGUUAAGGGUCAUGUUUAUAUAUUAUGCUAAUUAAAAUUGCCUCACAAUUGUCACAACUUCUAUAUAACUAAUUACAUUUUCUUGUAAAUACAUGAA